AUGCCAAAUACUUCUUUAGUUAUUAUCAAUCAUUAAAAAAGAUCAGUUUAAUUCAGUUAAUAACAUACUGUUCACAUUGUAGAAAACUGGAAAGAAUUCAAUUACACUCCUAAAGAGAUUAAAAAUAAAGAUAAAUAAUUGAAAGUGGAAAAAAUAGUUAUUAGAACUGAUUUCGAAAAUUAUAUGUUGGAGAAAUACAACAAAAUUAAAUCUACAUUAAAAGAAUUCACCAAUUCGUGCUCAUUUAUUUGA